UUUGUAUUAAUUUAGAUAAAAACUUAUUUACGACAAAACAAUAGCAACUAAAGUUACACUAGAACUAUCUACUACACUAAAAUUUUCCAAAUUUUGUUGCAAUGAGGACAGUUCUAAUUUGUGUGCUUUGCUUGUCGCCAAUUUGGGCACUUUCACGAGGUAGUCGCAUAAUUGGUGGUCAAGAAGCUUACGUUGGAGAGUUUCCAUACGCUGCAGCGAUUUACAAGUCAACAGCUGAUGGCAACUACUUCUGCACUGGAACGGUUCUAACUGACGAAUGGGUACUCACAGCUGGUCAAUGCGUCGAUGGGGCUAUACUUUUCACAGUGGUUAUGGGGACUCACAAACUAAGUGUCAACCAUGAAUCGGUCGUUAGAGUGGCAACAGAACAUUACGUUCUACAUCCAGAUUACAACCCUAAUACUCUGGCAAAUGAUAUUGGGCUUAUAAAGUUUAGAGCACCUAUUACAUUUACAACUUAUAUUAACCGUGCCUAUGUACCGUAUCUACCAGUGUCUGAAGGGACGACAGGGAUAGCUUAUGGCUGGGGUCAAACCUCCGACGAUGAUCCUGAACUUUCGGACACUCUCGUACAUGUAACGUUAAGGGCUGUUUCUGACGCUGAAUGUAGAAUCACUUAUGGAAAUCAAUUAACUGAGAAUAUGGUGUGUUUCGCGGGCAAUUAUAAUGAAGGAACUUGUUAUGGAGAUAGUGGUAGUCCUAUUACACAGUACAUCAGUAGAGGAUAUAUUAUCAUCCAUGCCAUAUCUAGCUUUUUCAGUGCAAAUGGUUGCGAGAGUGCAGAUCCCUCUGGAUACACAAAAGUGUUCCCUUACAAUGGCUGGAUCAAUAAUUAUACUUUCCCAACUACGCAUAAUCACUAAUCAGCCUUAAAUUGUUUCAACUUAUUUUUUUUUGGGAAAAAACUGUUUGACAAUAAAAUGAAUAAGAGAUA